AUGGACUCCAUGUCCAGUUUUGUGUUCGUGUGGUGUGAGCCUGUGGCCCCUGAGCCCCAGCGCCCUCCCGCGCGCUACUCUUUCUGUGUCCGGGAAGCCCCGUCGCGCAGGAUCCCAAGCGCCAGGACGGCCUGGGUGGGUGGGGGCUCUGCGGUCACCCUUCUGUGCACCAUCCCCGCCCGUCACGUCCGGGUCAUGCCCAAGGACCCUCAUCGCGCGCGCUGCAUCCGGGUCCUUGGGCGUGAAAUGGAGACGCUAGCAAAGCGACUGGCUGUUCGGAGGCCACCCGCGCGCGGUGUCAAGACCCGAGAGGCUGGAGUACACCGCUGCCGGGACCUUGCGUGGCGCACAUCGCUGCCAGGACUCUGCGUGGUGGGGCACACCCCUGCCAGGACCCUACGCCGGGCGCCCAGCCAUCCCAGUCGCCAUUCUUGUCCUUCGUCCCUGCUCUCCAUCCUCGUCCGCGCAUCCCCGUCCCCGGCUCUCCGGCCGCGCUUUUCCUGCGUCCCGGUCCCCGGCUUUCCCCCGUGUCUCCGGCCUCGCCAGCCCAGCCACCUGUGCUCCCCGGUCCGCGUCCCUGUCUGCGCCCUCCUCGAGGGCCCCGCCGCCGCUGCCCUGGCGCUUCCCGCGGGCCCAGCCGAGGCCGCCUGCGCCCUGUGCCAGCGCGCGCCCCGCGAGCCGGUGCGCGCCGACUGCGGCCAUCGCUUCUGCCGGGCGUGCGUGGUGCGAUUCUGGGCGGAGGAGGACGGGCCCUUCCCGUGUCCCGAGUGCGCCGACGACUGCUGGCAGCGCGCUGUGGAGCCCGGCCGCCCGCCGCUCAGCCGCCGCCUGCUGGCGCUCGAGGAGGCUGCCGCGGCGCCCGCGCGCGACGGCCCAGCCUCUGAGGCGGCGCUGCAGCUGCUGUGCCGAGCCGACGGGGGCCCGCUGUGCGCCGCUUGCCGCAUGGCCGCGGGGCCCGAGCCGCCCGAGUGGGAGCCCCGCUGGAGGAAGGCGCUGCGCGGCAAGGAGAACAAGGGAUCUGUGGAGAUCAUGAGGAAAGAUCUGAACGAUGCUCGGGACCUGCAUGGCCAGGCUGAGUCCGCCGCUGCUGUGUGGAAGGGACACGUGAUGGACCGGAGGAAGAAGGCCCUGACUGACUACAAGAAGCUUCGGGCCUUCUUUGCCGAGGAGGAGGGGCGCUUCCUGCAGGAAGCAGAGAAAGAGGAAGGGUCCCUGGACGACGAGGAUGAGGACCCAGCGGAGAGGUUCGGGUCCCUGCUGCAGGCUGUGUCGGAGCUGGAGCGGAGGCACCGCAACCUGGGCCUCAGUAUGCUGCUCCAGUGAUGUGCUGCUUGCCCAGGCACCAGGCAGAGGAAGCUCGUUCCAUCCCUGGCCUGAAGCAGCUCCUCCAUCCGCCUCCUUCUGGACCCCCCGUCAUCCUUCAAGACACCCCAACCCUGAGUGUCUUCUCCUAGGUGUAGAUGUGGGCUGCGGACUCAAAGUGCCCACCUUGAUUGCUGAAGACAGUGCUCCUCAGAAGAGUGUUUGUGUUCCCUUUUCCUCUAGGUGUUCAUGUUUCUAGGCUAUAAACAUUUCACUGUAGAGAUCUGUAUUGGGGGUAAGUUAACCUAAGUGUAUCCCAACUCCAUAAAGUUCUUUUCACUGCCCCAA